AGCGAUAAAAUAAAAUUUGACUGAUUAACAGUGCCACUUUAUUCGUUACUACUCUAGUGCACAAACAGGUCGACACUACUCUUCGGUCUCGACUUAACCUACCAUCUUCAGUACUAACUUUUAUUACUAUCUCACUUGUACUGUUCAAUAUGACUGCUGCUUAUUGCGAGACCCAAUUUCAUGGUUUGAACCAAUUCGCGUUCCCGUUCAACAACUUGGAAUACAAGUACGGAAGUUAUUCUUCAUCAAUGAACGGUACUGGCUCAGUCGGUCACAGAUGGAAUUCUCUGAGCCCGGAGCCACAUUCCGGAACGGAGUCAACCGCAAGCACUCCUUUUGUUAAAAGCGAGUUCCCAUUUGAUGAUGAUCUAUUCGGAAUCGACCAGGUAAACAACGUCAAACCACAUCCGAUGGAUAUGCCAUGCAAUCUUCCAAUCCAACCCAUCGAGUAUAACCGUCGAUUCUCAAAGGACGCCGAUCACAGCACGUUUGUGAAGAAUGAGAUUGAAGAAAACAUUCUCAAUUUCAAUGUCAAUCCGGAGAUUGCGCAAGACAACGGUCUUGACACCCAGCAAAUUGACAUCUACAGGGACCUGAUUCUCCGUCAUCUGAUUCAAGACAUCAGUACAACUUGUGCCAAAUUGGGACUUCCAAAUGAUUUCUACCUGUGGUCAUCCGAGCAUGGAGCACGAUGGAUCAACGAGAUGUGCAUGCAAUUCAAUCUUCAGCCGCCUAGAAACUGUUCAAUCACUGGUAUUGAUUUGCUCGGCAUGAGUCAAAAAGAUUUCGAAAUGAUUUUGCCGGCGGGAGGCGACACGUUGCAUGCCCAACUCCAAGUGUGGAAGACCGCAUUUGAAAACUAUCAUCCACCCGUGACCGUUCAGAGCUCCGGAAUGACCGCUGCCGAAAAUAACAUGCAGUCAAAAACUAAUUGGCUAGCCAGCACCAACAAUCAAACAAACAACAUGGCAGCUGCUGAGAACCCGAAUCAUCCAUUUUUCAAUGGAAACGGAGGGUAUCCAAACAUGUCGAUGAGCAGCUUCUUUCAACAGGGAACUGUUUUGCCAUCGCCAAGCAACAGCGAUACCAGCAGCAAUGGGAGCAGUCAAGACAUGAAUGACGAUGAUAUUGAUCUUCACAUGAACAAUUCGAACUGUGGUUUCUCAAACUUCUUUCACAACCAGGGUUACAUGAACUCCCCUAUUGACGCAAUGUGCAACGGAAGCGAGGGAGAUGACGAUGAGCGUGCCUACACUCGUCAUCAAGGAACUGUUCAUCUGUGGCAGUUUAUUCGUGAGCUUUUGGAUCAACCAAAACAGUACAGUGCAUGUGUUCGAUGGGUGGAUAGAGAUGAGGGAACUUUUAAAAUCGAGUCUUCCCUCCUGCUGGCUAGAUAUUGGGGACAACGAAAAAACCGUUCACAGAUGAAUUAUGACAAGUUGUCCAGAAGUCUUCGACAGUACUAUAAGAAAGGAAUCAUCCAAAAGCCGGAAAAGAAGCAGCGUUUGGUGUACAAAUUCCUGCCUCCUUAUAACUUGUAGUCAUCUGGCAGAAAGACAACGACGUGUUGCUAUCUGUGUAUGUGUCAAUACUCUGUUUACAUUUUUCAACUUGUCCUGUCGGUCCAGUGUGGUCCCAUUUCCCGAUAUCUGUGAUUCAAGAUAUACUUCCAUGUACUGUUCGUUGUAGAACAUAUUCCUAUUGUGUCCCAUACUUCUUUUUAAUACCCGAGUCAAUCAUUCAAGGUUUUAUUCAACUUCUUUAUUUUCUUUUUUUUUCUCAUUCUUUUUCAAUUGUUGGGAACAAUCAAAAAGUAUUACAAAUGUUAUUACCAUUUAGAGUGUGUAGUUCAGAUGUCUGAAUAUUGUUUCACUCGAUUUAUUUAUUGUAAUGCAAUAUUUACCGGUUUGAAACCGUGCAAUAUGUUGUUCUCUAUUUAUUCUCGUUCUCAUGUCAGAACUCUUCCUCUCUCCCAAAUACUUUACCAAAUAACGGCUCAUAUAUCCACCAGUGACAGAAAAAUAAGCGUUUUACUGAACUGUUCCCGAUUGUAUUUAUACCAAUAUGAUUAUGUUAAUUAUAACAAUUAUAAUAUUGUAUCAAAAAAAUGUUUUAAUUUUACAUUCCAUUUAUACUCCAGCCUCCUUCCCCUGUUUACUAGCCUAGUUAUCCCCCAAAGAAAUUGUAUUACAACAAUGUGUAGUCCCAGUGUUUUUUUAUAUCAUUGUGCAAUUAUUUAUUCAGAUUGUAUUAUAUAUUAAUGAACCAGAUAAAUAUUUUUUC